UAUAGAAAUAUAAGACGUCUUUUAGACGUCUUUAAGACGUCAUAAUGUUCUCUGGGCAGACAUUUUGCUAUUCCAGAAUUGUGUCAGUUAAAUGUUGCAGGACAUAUGAUUGAGUUUGGAGAGACGCUAUUAGUGCUAAAAGCAUUAUUCUAUCCUUGUUGCUCAAUGAAUGUCGAAAAAAGAUAGAGCAUGCUCACAGCGCCAAAAGUAUAUUAUAUACUUUCCAAACCCAACCAUAUUUCACAAUUUUAAUGAAAUGUUUCACUUUUUAAUUAAAAUAUUUCUGAGAUACCUUUAAAAAAUGUCUGUAUAGGUAUAAUUACUUAUCUUUUUUAUGAAUUGUAUUAUUAAAUUUAUAAUAAUUUAUAAUUUUAUACAGUCUACCUAAAAAAGAUUUCGUGUAAACAAUACGUAUAAAUAUUUUGAAAUAUACGAGUACAAUCCUAAUAAUUUAUCAAGUUAAACGAUUUGUACGGAUUUGUGCGCCGCCUCUCUAUGAAUACUCUCGAUGCAAUAUCAAUAAGACUGCAGGUAAUGGCGCAUACGUGGCAAGAAGUUCCUCGCCCCGGAACGGCUACUUGCCACGGAAGUAGGAAAAGCCCGCGAACGAGACGUACGGCGCGCGGGCGAUUUACGCGCGCACCGUACACAUAUCAUCCGUGUGGUCGACGGCCGCCCGCGGCCACUGACAUGCAUUGACGGCUGCGGAGUGCGGCGGCGCAACCCAGCACAGCUGUGUGUACGAGUAUUUGCGUUUGUGUGCGUAUGCCGCGCGAUCAGCUGAGCGCCAGCUGUGCCGCGCGCCUCGGCCAAUCGGCGGGAGAACAGCAGCGCGGCGUGGCGCCCAUCGCUCCGGCGUUCCCGCGAAACGCCAACUUGCUCUGUUGCUGCAAACAUCAGUUCGGCUUCGCGGCAAAAACGCAUCCCGCGCUCGUGUGUCUCGUGCGUGUUUCGCGAUCUUCCGCGAGUGUGCAGCUACGUUAAACCCGCGUACGAGGGUGCUCGCGCUUUCCACCUCGACGCCAAAUUACCGGAGUGAUAUUCGCGAAGCGAAAGUGGCAACGCGAAACAGGAGCGGGAGAUACGCGGACACACGCGUAGCCGUUGACGCGAGCCUCCUCCGCUUCGAGCCUUCCAGGAUAUCGGUUUCCAAGUUCGACGUGUCCGGGACAUCAGGAUACGCGACUCUCCGCUCGGUCAGCGCACCGUGGCUGAUUAUUUCGCCCGGACGAGAGUGCCAGAGUGCGGUCCCUCGUGGGAGGACGCCGCUCUUCGAAUCACGUUUCGGCGGAUGGAAAAAUCGAAACUGACCUGCGAAAAGAAGGGCGUCCAGGAGCCGCGAGGUAUCGUGGGGACGUUGUGCGUAAAAUAUACUACGAAAAUCUCUAAAACUCGCCCCCUUUUUGAGGUUAUGUGGCGCAUAUAGAGGGCGUCAUAGAACGUCACAGGGGUUGGUCGUCGUUUCGCGCGCUGCUCUCCCGCGCUCCCAGAUAUACGUCUUCCGAUUUUUCCCGGAAUAUCGUCGAUACGCGGCUCGCGCACAUCGCAAAACGGUCCGUCGAGAAGAUCAAUGAAUUCUCCGACCAUCGGAAUCGACGCCGAACGAAAAUCACGAGUCGCACGUUGAAUCAAAGGCGGCCAAGAAAACGUGCAUUAUGGCGAUCGGGUGCGUGUAGGCUUCGCGCGCUCCUCCGCUUUCCGUCGCUUUCCCAGGAAAAAUCCCCGCGCCUGGGUUGAAAAAAUUGUGCGGACGUGUGCUCCGAGGAUCCCCGUUGUCGCACGCACGCCGACAUAAUUUAUUCCUACGGUAAAUUUUUCCUAUACACGUUGCCGAUUUCGCAGCAAGAUGCCACAGAGCAGGUGAGUGAUCGACGUUCCAUUUGGAGUUAAAAUUUGCAUGCAUUUCUCCGUCGUGGCCUCCGAUCCAUCCACAAUGAAAUCGAUUCAGCGCCUAUUCGUUACUCGUUUAAAAAUACAAUUUUUCCAUCUAUACUUGAACAUUACUCCUAUAACCUUUUUCCUUUAGUUAGUUUCCUUUCUAGAACUUUAACAGCUUUCCCUCAGCGGUGUGACAAUUUGGUCGUCUCUCUCUUAUUUAUUUUAGCGCUAUUCGCGUUAUAAAUCUGCAAAUUAACGCUCGAAUUUUUUUUAUGACUCCAACUUUUAUAACUUGAUUGGAGACAAUGUCUUUGGAAGUUAGUUACUUUGUGCCCUUUAUAAAAAUUGUUGAAGGCAGAUGAUAUCGAGAGACAUUGCACAGGAAGGAGUAAAUUUUUCUUCUGUAUUCAGUUUGCAGGAAAAAAAGUCACAAACCUACUUGCAAGGAGGCAAGGCGCAAUCUUUGAAACGUAAGAGGCGCACUACAGAGCUCUCAGAGGAUUCAGAAAACAUAUAUCCACCUAGUAAAGUGCCUGCGCUGUCUCAUAUUCCAUACUCGGAAUCUUGUCACUCCACACACUCAGUAGACACUGUUUGUACUCUCCAUCAGACAUCUCCAUUGAAAGAACAGCAGGAACCAGCUACAUGGUCUGAGUUAAGAACUGCAACUUGUUUCCUGACGCCUUCAGCUUCCAAUAGCACCUCCACCAGACCUAGUCCAUUGCCAUCUCUCCCAUGGGCUGAUGGCUCCCAAGUAUGGUCCCUUAUGUGCCUUGGCGAUCAGAAAACUCUAAUUCAAAGGGAUCCAGAAAUGUUCCAGAGGCAUCCAACGUUGCAGCCACGGAUGAGAGCAAUUUUAUUGGAUUGGUUGAUCGAAGUCUGCGAGGUGUACAAAUUGCAUAGAGAAACUUAUUAUCUUGCCAUGGAUUAUAUAGACAGAUAUCUGUCUAUUCAUCAUGAUGUACCUAAAAAUCAAUUGCAACUCAUAGGAAUAACUUGUCUUUUUAUAGCUUCUAAGGUUGAAGAAAUAUAUCCACCUAAAAUCGCGGAAUUUGCAUAUGUUACUGAUGGAGCUUGUACAGAAGAAGAAAUUUUAGGAAAGGAAUUAAUGAUUUUAAAAGGACUUGGAUGGAAUCUGUCGCCGAUAACCGCUCCAGGAUGGCUCAAUAUUUACAUGCAAAUUGAAUCAGGUGAUUCAUCCAGACCAAACACUUUUAUAUAUCCACAGUAUGGUGGAUUGCAAUAUUCUCAAGCGGCUCAACUAUUGGAUCUGGCAACUUUGGAUGAAGGUUGCUUGAAGUUUCCGUACAGUCACAUAGCUGCAGCAGCAAUUUAUCAUACCCAAGGAAGGGAAUGUGCGUUAAGGGUAUCCCGAUUAUCAUGGGAGCAACUUGCUCCUUGUGUCAAAUGGCUUACAGCAUUUGCUACUACUGUUGCGGAAGAGGAGUCUCAAUCUCUUUUAAGAUCUACGAUUAUGCCUGUAGAAUCACACUCUGGAUCCGGACUGAAGGCCACUGUACCUAAUAUUGUUGUGGACGAAUCGCAUCGCAUACAAACUCACGUAGUUGAUUUGAAUAUGCUAGAAAAAGCACAGCAACGAUUAGCCGGAGAAAUCCCGAGCGGUUAUGCGAACGAUUCGGACACAAACGUUGAAUCUGGUCGACAAAGCCCAAAUGAAAGUGGCCUUUUAACUCCACCAUCUAGUAAUCAAAAGAAUUCUCCGUUAUCAGCAUGCCCUACACCACAAUUACAUCCUUAUACAUAACCAAAUAUUUACAAGAGCGCUUCGUAUGCUAUAUAUAUAUAUAUAUAUAUAUAUAUAUAUAUAUAUAUGUAUGUAUAUAUUAUAUAUGAUAAAUUUUUAUAUCCACUAAAUAGUCGUAUGAAUCACGGCAUAAUUUAUAUAAAAAUAUGAGAUAUUUUGGAAGAAGAGCAUAUGUAGAUACAGGGAAAUGCUGAUAACAUUGAAUAUCGUGACACAUUAUUGUAAAUAAUAAUAAUAAUACGAUGCUUUCUAAUCGCAUCUAACAAACGAUUGUACUUUUGAAAUAUCAAUAAGACAAGAUAUAACUCAGUACAAGACAUAACGAACAUUUUGCAAAUCAUAAAAAAGCACAAUUCAACAUCACUUAUUUUAUUAGACAUUUAACAAAAGCGAUUUAUAGCUUUAUGUUAUUUUAAAUGUCUCUCAAAGCACAUUUAUGAAUGUAAGUAACAUACUUGGCUACUUUCUGUGAUCGUACCGAAUACAAUAAAAUUUCACACUCUGCAUUAAUAUUAAUCAGGCUCAACUUUGUACACUUUAUACACUUGUAAACAUAAGAUGAGAAAUAAUGCCUGCACCAAGUAUCCUUAAAUAAUUAUUUCUUCCCAUUUUUUGAAAGUGAGCAUUGUGAAUAGUAUUCCUUUAUACAACUCGCUUCAUUGUAAUACAAUGUAUUACGACGGUACGUUACCUGGCCGAUUUUUAUUAUGUAUAUGUAUAUUAUGAAAUUUAUAUUAAAAACAAAACCUUUAUAUCCUUAAAUCCGGAGUGAAUGAGGGAUGAAUGGAAGGAUUGAAUAUGACGGUUUAUUAAAAUAAAAGAAAGAUUAAUAAUCUUUAAUGAGUAAGCAGUAAAAUUUUGUGGUGAAUUUGCACUGCCUGGCAUGUAAUAACAUGGCGAUUUAUACAUAUUUGUGAGUUUGACAAUAAAUAUUUUGCAAACUUAAA